AUGGAUAUUCACCACUCGAGAGAGGGCGCGCAGGGCACUUCCAGGAUGGGCAACGAGAAGGCACAAGUUAGGGAAAUGCUGCACGAGAAAGGUGUGGCAUCCAAAGGGGGUGCCGCAGAAUAUAGCCAGGCGAGAACUGCAAAGGGGACCCAUUUGAGCGGCGCCCCCAAAGAAAAGCCAAACAUUAAGACAGUCAUUCAUUCUAGUGGUAAAUCUUUCAAAACGAAAAUAAAAAAAUUAAAAAAAAAAUAUAAAAAUGUUCAUACGGUAAGUAAUAAUAAUGAUGAGCAUGUGAAGGCCCUUCUGCAUAUACACCAUAGUAGCCACCAUGGCGACACAGAUGAAGAGGGAAACUCCAUCAGCCUAAACAAUGUUAACGGUACGAAAUAUGUAUGUGCAAAGCUGAGGGAAGGAGACCAGAAUGGGGUGAACUUACCCCCCAACGAUGAAGCAAAAACAGGGGAUCCUUUUCGAAGAAGUGGAGAAAAUUUUAUUAAUUCUGCUUGGCCAAACCAUAAGCGUAGCAACGGUACGUUGCCUAGCCGGGUUGGCAUCGACAGCCUGAGCGGUUUUGCGCCAGUCGUUGAGGGAGAUGAUGACGCAGCUGAUGAUACAGAUGAUGUGUCUUCGCAAGCUGCGAGCGAAAAAUGCGACGAUUCACCAAGUGAGAACCUUCCCCCUCCACAUGUGCAAAAAAUGGAUGAAGUUAACAUCGCGCUGGGGGAAAAACACUCCCGUAGGGUAAACCAUAUAAAUGAACCUCCCAACAUUAAGCACAGCGUGUCGUGCUCAUGUGAUGAAUGGAGCCGCUCGGGUGUAGAGGAGGAUAAGCCAAGGACGCCGGUCAACAAUAUUGGGAACACGAAUGAUGAAAUUGAGGGGUGUAGAACGGAGUCAUCUGGCGAGGGAAUUUCGCGCGAUGGUGGUAGUGAUGGUGGUGGCGAUGGUGGUAGUGAUGAUGGAGGGGAAGGGGGACACCCAGAGGGAGACGCGAUGAGCAAAGAAGAAAAAGCCAUAAACGAGGGUAACUUAAAUGAACCGCUUAUGGGGGAAGGGAACGUAGUAGAACCCCACGAAGGUGAAAACAUAUGGGGGGAUAUUGCUCAUGUGGGUGGACUAGUGGAGGGGGAAAUAGGAACAACGAGUGGUGAUCACCAUGCAGAGGAGGAUGGGGGCGAACUGGGAAGCCCUCCGAGCGAGGAAAGGUUCAGUGCCGUUCGUUUCGAAGCGAGAGGGGGUAGUCACUCGUCACGUGGAGAAGUUUCGGGCGAACAAGUUAGUGAUGAGAUGAGUGUGGCUGGGGAUGUGCAGCAGCAGGGGGGAGUUGAAAAUGGGCACGGGGAAGAUGUGCACGGGGAAAAUGGCCAUGAUGAAAAUGGCCUCGGUGAAAAUUACCUAGGUGAAGAUUUCCACGGCGAAGAGGCCCGACGUGAGGACUGCCAAGGAGAGCACCGCCAACGAGAAAGUUACCCAUUGGAGUGGCACCAACGCGAAGGUUUCCCACUGGAGAGCCGCCCAAACGAGCGAGGUCCACCCCCAACCACCGCCCAGGAAGAGAAGUUCGAUUUGCGAAACAUUCUCACCUGCAACGUAGACACGUUCAACGGAGGACAAGGAGAAAUGGAAAAGCUAAAUCGUCUAAUUAGCUUCCGAGAUAAUGCAGAAAAGUACCUGCAAAGUUACAUAAACUCGUUUCUAAACGACUUCUUUUUGAUGUCAUCCUAUCUGCCCUACUUACACUACUACGACGAGAAUACAUACGGUAAGAAGGAAAUGAAUUUUUUAAAAAUUGUAACCCAUUUUAUGGAUCUUUUUCACUGCAAUAAAAAGAUGAGCAAAAAAAUACGCGACUUUAAAAACGAUUUUGUAAAUUCAUCACUAAAUGAGAAAAUAAAAUACGUCGAUAAGUUUCCAUUUUUAAAAUUGCCCGAAGUGUGCACAGACAGAGUGAAGGGCCAAUUUCUGAAACUGCUAAAGGAAUAUUGCAGGAGGAAAAAAAAAAAAAAAAAAAAAAAUUAUUACCAAUUCUUUUUGUGCCGCAAAUUUGUUAAUCAAAUUUUUAAGUUAAAGGAAAAGUGGGUCGAAAAUAAUUUUCUCCAAAUUGGGUUCAGCGGGUUGGGCCCACCCGCGGCGCAGCAGAAGCGGCAGCAGGGUAGCGGUGGUGAGAUGGAGGAGAGACACGAAGUGAAGGCCCCGCUUGGAAGGCCACUCCUAAAGGAAUCUACAAAAGAGGAAGGUUACCUUUUCCACAAUGUUAAGGAGAGGAGUCCGAACGGGCAGGGGCAAAAGAGUCACCACCAAAUGGGUGAAAAAUGGCACAACGAUAUUUUUUACGAACAAAUUGUAGCUGCUCCCUUUUUAAAAGAAGAGAACAUUUCUAAUGGUGACUUUACGAAGGCCAUGAAAACGAAGAUGCCCUCGUUAGAUGAUCUCGCAAGGAAGUUUACCCCAUUAAGUGACGCGAAAAAAAUGGAACAUGCUAGUGGGUUCUCCCCCCCGCAGAGUAAGCAUUCCAUCCGGAAGCAUCUGAACCCAGUGGUCAGAAACGAACUCUUCAAUGUGUUUCAUUUGACUGAUGCGAAAUAUAGGGAAAAAAUUUACACAAAAAAUGAGGACCGACACAUUAUCAAUAACAUUUCUUUUUAUAAACACAAAAUAAACAGGCUCUAUGCCUAUCUCAUGGCUUGUGCCCUUAUGGGACAUUCCCCGAACUUUACGCAGCCGCAUAUAUCAUGGAGCGGGGCCUCCGAUGUGAGGGGAGACCCCAGAGAAGACCUGCAAGUUGAAUUACCCCCCAGGAAUAGCGGCAGCCUCCGCAGUUACAACGAAGAACACACAACAAAUGCGCUCAACGAAAAGGACAGAGGGUCCCCAAACAGAUGCAUCAGUUUAUGCACUUUAAUAAAAAUUGCCAACGAGUUUGUAAAAAAUAACGGGGGUUCUAGCAAGGGGGGGGGACAGAAAAAUAAAACCCCACUUAAUUCCAAUUCGGAGAGUCUAUCAAAAGAUAUGGACAUCCUUGCGAGCAAUUUUUUGCAAGACGGGGCAUAUAAUAGUGCACCGCGUGAUGUCGGGCAGAAUGCAAAAAGGUCAUACAUCUCCACACCGUCUGAUGAAGCUAAGCGGUUGAAUAGCUUUCCGAUCGAAUGGGGGGUGAAAAAUGUGGACGUUUGCAAUGGGAAGGGUGCGCUGGAGGGAUUGGCUAAUAGAGCCACGUGUGUUCCACGUGAAACGAGCAAAUUGGGCGAAGCGGGGAAUGAGUCGCCCGUUAAAUGGGAGGAGGUCAGCGGGGGAGGCGAUCUGCAGCGCGGGCCCCGUGAAGGCAGUGGAAGGAAACUCACCUCGGCUUUGAGUGUAGAUGGCCAAGUGUAUGCCACCCCAGAUGAACGACGCGACCCCCAUCUCCCUGUGAAGGAAAAAAAAACGGACGACAAAUUUCAGCUGUCACCCGACUUGCAACUCCUAUACGAUGCGUACAACAACGGAGAGCAAAUCAUCGUCUUAAAGAAUAAAAACAAAUUGUUGCAUAAUUCGGACAAGGGCACAAAAUUUACCCGCCUGUCAAAGCAUUCCCCGUUCCAUGCUAAUGACAGUUGGCAGAGUGGGGUCGGCCCUUCCAAGGGAACUCCACCCACUGUGUGGAAGAGACAAAUGGGCUGCAUGAACAUCCAACCGGAUUGCACCUACGUGAAGAACACACACGGGGGGAUCCUUCAAAAUGAAAAUUCUUCUGCCAUGACAUACCCGUACGAUGUGCAGACUCGUGACAGCAACAUGCCAUUUUUGCAGAACGGCUUCUUUCGCCAGAGGCACGGAGAAGGCGCCUGUAGGGGUUAUAGUAAUAAGGGGUCCCUGGCUGCGUCGGGCGCGACCAGUGGGAACCACACCAUUAGCAGUAAUGACAUCCACAUGAAUGGCGCCAUCGAGCAGUUGAGCAAAUUUGACAAAGUGCAAAACAGGGUGCACUCUAUAGACAGUAACAACAUCCUGGUGAAUACCUCCAGUGGGGGAUUUACCAAAUGUAGGAAAUUGGCAAACGUGAUGUGCCCUCAGUAUGCACCUGGGGCUCUUCACUACAUUAAUGGCGUAAAUGCAGGUGUGCAGAGUUGCUCUAAAGUGAAUUUAAAAAGUGUAGAUCAUUGUGCAAACGGGAAUAAUGUGAGUGGUGGUUUCCCUUUCUCCCACCCACCCCUAAAACAACAACCACUCAGUAACUACCUAACUCAGUCGACCAGUUACAUGAACCAGUUUGACGACCAUUCCCAGAGCCUGUGCAACCAAAUGGGGAAUACACACCCGUUUAUAUUUGAACAAAUGCAAAAGGAAAGGAGUAUCUUAUAUAACCAAAAUGGGUACCCCCACUUUGCACUGACGAAUAAUUAUUUCGCAGAUGCUACUAAUCCGUUUGCACAAAAUGGAAAAGGAGGUGGUAACAUCUGUGGGAGGUACUACCACUCAAAUGAGAACCUCAGUUACACUCAUCAAGGGGAACAAAACGCCGCUAACAAUGUGGGCAGCGGGACGGACCACAUAAAUGGAAGCAACCAAAUGGAACAGCCGUGUGUGUAUUUACCAAACGGAGCCAGCGACAACCGUUUUGAAAGUGCUUCCGAGGAUGGCACGUAUUCGGUGAGUCAUCAGCACAAGCGGUGUGUUGAACAAGUGGUGGGAAAGGACAACGAUGGGGGGGCGGUGCGAAAGGGCAAUGAUGAUGACGAGGUGGAAAACCAAAACGGCUGCUUUAACGAUGUACGCCACGAUCCAGAUGGCACACACAAAAGUAGCACCACCGGUGGGGAAUGCAAAGGGGGAGAUGAUCACACGGAGGCCACUGAGGAGAGCUACCCCCCCAGAGGGAUGAACGCACUGUUGGGUGAAGGGAGCAAACAAGUGGUCAGCACUGAUGUAGGUGGAAACCAUCAACAGUGCCAUGGAAAUGACCCAACUGGUGACGAACAGGGUAGCAACAUCACUACGGCAGGUGAGGAUCAUCUCAACAGGAAUGUAAAAGGGAGAGAUGACUGUAAAGAGGAAUGCAGUCAUAGCAAAGGUGAGGGAGAAAAAGAGCCCCCCUUGAACUCGAAUAAUAAUUCUUCACAAAAUAGUAGCCAAGAUACCAGCGGAUCAUCGCCAGGGGAGGAAAACGCUCAUAAGAAAAACCACCCGGGGGAUAACUGGCCCUCCACGGAAGGUACAAAUUUGCAUGUGGGUGCGUAUGCAGAGGGUACCAUUAACGGGGACACCGGUGUGAGAAGCAUGCGCAGUGAUAACCACGAUGGGAGUGUCUCCCCCAACGCCGCAGAUUCAGAUGCGGACACAGGUUCGCCCACCCACCAAAAAGGGGAGCCCUCCCAUGAAGGUAACCCAACGAGUGAGGAACUUGCAGAUCCUCUCAAAUCUGCAUGCAACGAUGACGAAUAUGCGUGCAGCCAAAAUUUGCAGCACCUAAGUAACCCCUCAAGGGGGGAGAACCCCCUUCAAAGCAGUCACCUGGUGAAUAACCAUGCUGGCCAUUUUAACGUGAAGAACCAACCCCGUAAAGACAACUCCUGUGAGGGCAUUGCCAACGUGAACACGGGUGCCCAUUCGGUAGAAGCAAAUGGGGAUGACUCAUACCAUGGCGGUAGUGCUCCACUUGGGGGGGAGGGAGACGAAAAAUCGAUCAAUUUUAACGAAAUGGGCGCCCCGAUGGAUUAUGCCCCUAUUCGUGGGGAUAGCGUGAGGAGCGCCGUUGGAGGAAGUGGCCCCCUCAAUAGUCACAUCACCCGAAUGGGCAUAAACAAAUCGAACCAAAUGAACAGCAUCACCUUUUCGAUAGACAGCACAGGGAACGAAACCAAAUAUAAGAUCGCCGAAGAGAUGGUCAGCCUGAUGAGACAGACAGAUGCAUACAGACCCCCCUGUGGACACUACCAAGGGAGCGACGCAGACACGAGCAUGGCGAGCCUGUACAAGCCAUUCAGCUUUAAUGGAAUGAUGAUGCCCCCUUACCACAACGCAAGAAGUAACGUGAAAAAUUACCCUAGUGCAGAAAUGAGGAGCAAUAUAAAUGUGCAUAAUUAUAAUAUGAACAAAAAUGAGAACGCCGAAAUGGCGAAUGACUGUCUGGGCACACCUCCCCCCCAGAGCAACUUGCCAACAAACACGUAUGGAUACCCAUACAGUUAUAACAUGGGGAGUUAUUUUCUAAAUGGGGUCCAUUUGGUCGGCUUAGAAAAUCGCACAGGUGAAAGACCUGCGAGGAAUAAUUUAGACUUUGCCAAUUAUAAUGGCAUGCUCAAUGAGUGCUGUGAUGGGGAGGACGAGGAGUGGGAUCCCCAGCAGGAGGGUCUGCAUCGGGAGGGUCCCCACCCGGAGGAUCCGCUGCAGGAUGACGACCGAAGCGGGGGGUCCUUCCCAUCCUCGAGCAGUUUAAUAAGAAGGGACAAAACGCAAAAGGAGAAGAAGAAGAAUGCCAAUAUGAACACAAACAAACCGCAACCAUUCGGUUUAAAUGCCUGUAAGAAAAAAAAGAUAGGAAACAGUGGACCCCCCACAGCCGAGAAAUUGAGCGAACUGCUGCAUGAGAAGAAUUUGUCGGUGCCACAAAUAGCGGCAAUAUACGGGGUGCACAGAACGACUGUCGCGCGGUGGUGCUAUAAUAGGAAGAUUAUCCAAAAGUCGAGCAACUACCAGGGGAGGAAGAAAUCGCCCUCCAAGGUGGGCGCCGAGUACGCCUAG